AUGUCCUGGUUCAGGGCCUGCUGGGCAAAGGACGUAUGGGCGCCAUUGGCAAUAGGAAGAAUAAGCGCCCCAUGCGAAGGACUCUGUUUAACCUCUGACAAGACUUACUGGCUUCUCCAGACCAUCGACUGGGAAGCGCUUAAGACAGCCCUCCGAAAGCGAUACAUGCACAACGAUAGCGUCCAGCAUGAGGAACAGACUGUCUUCUUUGAGCAAUGGCUGCGCGACUGUCAAUCGACGACCCCCCUCAACAUCCGAGAGUAUCUCGAGGAGUUCCAGAUCCGGAUUGAGCGCUGCAUUGCUGCCGAUAUGGUUGAAAGAGAAAAGAAGGGGUAUUAUCUUGAGAAGGGCCUACCAGUCAACCAGACAACGAAGAUCCUUCAGAAGUUCAAUCUCUCAACGAGACGCGUUCGGGAGUUCAACUUCAACAUGAUUAGUUCCUAUCUUCUCCCGGAUUGA